AUGAUCAAACCAAAGAAAGAGGAAGGUAGAGCUGGUACAGAUAUGUUGCAAGACCUUAGGAUUUAUCCCCCUUUUUCGGUCACCACUAAAGUGAAAUGUAUGAAUUGGGAACCUCCUGCAAUUAACAAGGGUGUUGAGGCCUUGGUGAUGUGCUGCUGUAUUUAUGGCGUUGGAGCAGGGUUCCCUACUGAUUUAGGGUCAUUUUUCAUUUUGCUGAUUUUUCUCUCUGCUGUGGGUCUUGUGCUCUGUUCAUGCGACUGUUCACGUGUAUGGCGUUUCUCUGCUGCUAUUGCUUUCUGUCCAGCUGGUCCUCUUCUGUUUGGAUCCUGUUCAGCUGGUCUGCUGGGGAGUGAUGGUGGCCUUUCUGGUCCAUUGGCAUUCAUUGAUGGUUGCUGCUGGAUCAGUCCAGCUUUUCUCCUUGGUUGCUGUUUUUUGAUGGCCACUCUCUCCCCAAUACUAUGUCUUUGA